GUAAAUAGUAAAUAAGCAAAUGUGAAAGUUGUAUGCCGGUUUUUUUUUAUUAAAGAUUUUUUUAAUAAAUUACUCAUAUAUAUAUAUAUAUAUACAUAUAUCGUCUUUUUUGUGCAUCAUGGCAUUUCAACAAGAACUAAGAAGCUUAAGUCUAGCUUCCAAAAUAUUUCAAUUUAAUCACCGGCUGUGCCUACGAUCACGUAAUAUUAGACGCUUCCAUCAGAUCUGCUACAAAUCAAUGAAACAUCUGAAUUCUCCAGUUAAAGUACAGUUUUUAAACUUUCAUCUUUCUAAAUCAAAUUCUAAAGUAUUUAGAGAAAAAGAUAGUAUGGAACCAUCUAAAAAGGAACUUGCUCCCAGAGCGACUUUUUUUCAAAAAGUUCAGAAGAAAGACCGCCAGACAUUUCUGCAGAUUCUUACUGAAACAUUUGCACCACAUGACAAAAUAAGAAGAGGUCAUGUUGAAUUUAUUUAUGCAGCUUUAAAAUACAUGGAUGAUUUUGGUGUACCUGGGGACCUUGAAGUGUAUAAGAAAAUUUUAGAUGUAUUUCCUAAAGGGAAAAUGAUACCCAAGAAUCUUAUUCAAGCUGAAUUCUAUCAUUUUUCUAGGCAUCAAGACUGCGCAAUUUAUGUACUUGACAAGAUGGAAUACAGUGGAAUAUGUCCUGAUAAGGAAAUGGGAGAAAUCAUAAAAGCGGCAUUUGGUAUAAGUUCUCACGUGUAUAAAAAAUAUGGUAGAAUGAUGUAUUGGAUGCCGAAAUUAAAAAACAUCAAUCCUUAUAUGCUACCUGACCCUCUACCAGAUGAUCCUCGUGAACUUGCAAAAUUGGCUUUGAAAAAAAUGUGUGUUGACAAAAGAACAAAAAUAGAGGAUUUUAACGCUGAAAACUUGGAAGAUUCAGUUGAUAAAACAUGGAUAGUAAGUGCUCAAGCUCCUGCUCAGCAAAAACUUAUUGAAGAGCACCCUGAAGAAAAAGCUCUUUAUGUUGAAGGCCCAACAUUAGUAUGGUUAAGAAAAAUAUCAAUGUCAUACUAUGUGCUUUGUGCUGAUCCUAAAAUUUAUCCUGUUGUGGAAGAGGAUGAGGAUGAUGUAUCAAAUAUACCUCUUUAUAUGUUUGGCGAUCCAAAACCAAAAUCCUUAACACUUACUCCAAAAUCUGUUCAUGAGCAGGAAGAUUCUACUAUCAUGGCUAUGUGUUGCACUGGAACAUCUAGCAAAGACUCUGUGUUAUCUUGGAUUAGAUUUCUUAGAAAAUCAAAUCCAAAAUUGGACAAUAUACCUGUUUUAUUUAAAAUUAGAACUUCGCCAUCUUCUUUAGUUGCUAUAAAUACUACAAAAGACAAUAUUGAACAAGGUGAAGAAGAAACUGCUGAGUCAUCUGACUCAAAAUCCUGAAUUGCUUUGUUAUGUUAGAUAAAUUUACUGGUUGUAAUUUAAAGUUAUGAAAAACAUUAUGUCUGUCUCCAAGAAAGGAAUUACUGAAGGAGUUAAACUCGGAUUUUGAAUGGCAUCUAGAUUUUAUCUUCUAGCAUUUGUAUAGUAAAAAAAUAAAAAAUUUACUUAACUCUUAAA